AUGGUUGAACCUGUCAGGGAGUCGAUCAAACAGGUGGAUGCGAGCACAUUGCUUGUCGGUCCCCUGCAACUCCGUCGCUCAAAAGGCUAUUCGGAUACCUCUACUUGGUAUGAUCAAGACGACGACAUGAGUUAUACCCUCACCAAAGCUCCGCAACCCAAUGAGUCAGUCAAAUUGGUUUAUGAUGUCGGGGAUAGCUCUGCAGUCUGGUCGAUAGGAAACAGCGCUUUUUGCAAAGUCAAGCUGUGUGAGCCUGGCAUAACACCAGAAGCUGCAACAUUGGCGUUCGUUCAUAGCCAGCGCCCACAUUUCGAUAUCCCCAAGGUCUUGUACGAAACAGAACACAAUGACCGCUCAUAUCUGUUUCUGAGCAGGGUUCAAGGCCGAACUCUUGGAGACGCUUGGCCCAAUCUGGAUCAAAAAUGGAGACGUCACUACAUGAGCGCCAUAGUAGAUGUUUGCAAGUUUCUCGAGAAAGGGGAGUGCGAUGUGCUUCGUGGUGUGGAUGGUAAAAACGCUCUUGAGCCAUAUCUUAUCAAAUACGGCGCGGAAGAUGACUAUUCUCCCGGCAACCUCCAACAAGCGUGUGAAUCGAUGGGCAUGGACUGCUCAACUUUUGUUUUUUACCAUGCCGACCUUGGCCCCGGAAAUAUCAUAGUGGAAGAUAUCCCGAAGACCGGCUCAGUUGGUAUCAUUGACUGGGAGCUUGCUGGAUAUUUCCCAAGGGGUUGGAUCCGGACUAAGUUUCGAAUAAGCCGUGGACUGAUUCUGGAAGAUUCAGCCACAGACAAUCCAACUGAGUGGAGGGCAGGGGUUGACAAGUUGCUUGAAGAUCAUGGAUUUGAACACUACGCCUCGCAAUGGGCGUCUUGGUCCGAUUGA